UGGCCGCAGCACCUGGCAUAUAGUUUUAGCGAAAAAGGGAAAGAAAAUCGAUCGACCCGCGAAGCAAGAGCCCUGUAUCUGCUGCUAGACUUCCCAUCUCGAACCCUCCAUCGCCACCCGCAAAUCCAAAAAAGCAUUUGGAGACUUCAAAGCUCGUGCCUUUAUAGAAUUCAGACGCACCAUAUAGUGUCUUCCCUCUUAUAAGCGAAGAAACAGAGCUUUUUUUAUACUCUCGUGGUUCGUUUUCAUGCAUGAGAGUAAAGACUAGUAGCAAAGAUCACCUAACCAGAAGACACGCCAUCACAAGAACCCACCUGCACUUCCCCAUUAAUUGGAUUCGGUCAUACCCACCUAGAUGAGCUCCCCAUUAAAGACUCUCAACCACCACUUCCUGAAACCCAUUCAAGCCUGUCGCUUAUGCCACCCAUGUUGGGCUUCUUCUUCUUCAUCAUCAUUUAAGGCGUUGGGGCUGUCUCAUCGUUGGUAUCGGUAUUCUGGUUUCUCUCAGUCUCGCUUUGCGUCAACAGCACAUUCCCGUUCAUUUAUGGAGGUAGUCAAAGCAGCUGUCCAGCAGGGAUCUACAGCUCGUGAUAGUGUUGCCAUUAGAGCCGACCAGAAGAGCUACAGUUACUUACAACUCAUAUCAUCUGCAUUCGAUAUCUCUAAACUGUUGUGUAGUGAGGAUUUGAAAACUAUUGAUGGUCUAAGGAGAAAUGGUUGUCUUAACGGGGCUCGAAUUGGAGUUGUAGCGAGACCUUCAGCAGAAUUUGUUGCUGGAGUGCUAGGAACUUGGCUUAGUGGAGGUGUGGCAGUUCCGCUGGCACUCAGCUACCCCGAAGCCGAGCUUUUGCAUGUGCUAAAUGAUUCGGAUGUUUGUAUGAUAUUAAGUACUGAGGAUCACCACAAUUUGAUGCAAAAUGUUGCUGCUAAAGCUGCUGCCAAGUGUUCCCUCAUUCCUCCUGUAGGCAGUUCAUCUAAGACAAGCACACAUGAGACUUUCCAGGAAAAUUUUCAGUCUCGUGAGAGAGAAGGUGAGGAUCCAGCUUUAAUCGUAUAUACAAGUGGUACAACGGGAAAACCUAAAGGAGUUGUACAUACACACAAAAGCAUCUCCGCACAGGUCAAAACUUUGGCGGAAGCAUGGGAAUAUACGUCUACAGAUCAGUUUCUGCAUUGUCUACCUCUACAUCAUGUUCAUGGACUCUUCAACGCUUUACUUGCGCCUCUCUAUGCUGGCUCCUCGGUGGAAUUUAUGCCAAAAUUCAGUGUGAGGGGAAUUUGGCAGAGAUGGCGUGAAUCAUAUCCAGAUGGAAGUAAAGCUGCAGAUGCUAUAACAGUGUUUACUGGGGUCCCAACUAUGUACACCCGAUUGAUACAAGGUUACGAAGCUAUGGACCCAGAUUUACAAGCUCAGUCUGCUUCAGUUGCAAGCCAUUUGCGUCUUAUGAUGUGUGGUUCCUCUGCAUUACCAUAUCCUGUCAUGCAACAAUGGGAAACUAUAACAGGACAUCGCCUUUUGGAGCGCUAUGGCAUGACUGAGUUUGUUAUGGCAAUAUCUAAUCCUUUGAAAGGCAUUCGAAAGGGAGGCACUGUUGGCAAACCUUUUCCUGGAGUAGAGGUCAAGAUCAUUGCAGAGGAUGAAAGUGGAAAUGAAACACCUGGUGUAGGUGAGUUAUGUGUCAGAAGCCCUUCAUUGUUCAAGGAAUACUGGAAGCUCCCUCAGGUAACUAAGGAAUCAUUCAUCGAUGGUGGAUUUUUCAAAACUGGAGAUGCUGUCAGAAUGGAUGAAGACGGGUACUACAUCAUUUUGGGACGAACCAGCGCAGAUAUUAUGAAGGUUGGAGGAUACAAAUUAUCAGCGUUAGAAAUUGAAGCGGUUCUUUUGGAGCAUCCUGUUGUAGCGGAGUGCUGUGUGUUGGGGUUACCAGACAGAGAUUAUGGAGAAGCCGUAUGUGCAAUAAUUGUGCCAGAGGCAGAACUGAAGCAAAACAGUGGGGAAGAGUUGAAGCCUGCUUUAACACUGAAUGAACUUACUACGUGGGCAAAGGAUAAGCUUGCACCAUACAAGCUACCAACCAGAAUGUUCCUGUGGGACACCCUUCCUCGCAAUGCAAUGGGAAAGGUGAAUAAAAAGGAGUUGAAGAAGAAGCUGGCCUCUGAACGGUAAUCAGUUCAUGUUGCUCAACAUGCGGCAUGACUCCGGAAAGAGUCAA